AUUUCUUUUCACUUCUAUCUUGCAUCAGAAUAGCCUUCCAUCUCAAUCAUGAUGUUCGCAAAGUCGUUCAAGACACUUCCUUUAUUUGCUUUUGUACUCUCGAUGUCGUUCAACGUCCAUGGCCAUGCGAUCGUCACACCUGCUCUUGGCGUUUCCGGUACUCCAGUGCGAUCAGAUGUGACUCGCCCAUCGAGCAAUGCUCCGUGCGGGCAGGGCGUCAAUGUAGCAAAUGCCAUUGCUGGUUCUACCGCUGUCAAGGCAAACGGAAACGCUUUCACAGUCACGGUCACCAACUUCAAUGGUGGCAAAGAUGGCUCGACCCAGAUCACCGAUACGUCGAUUGAUCCUUCAGGCACUGGGGAUUCAUUUACAGGUGGCUCGGUUACAAUUACGAAGAAUGGUGUGGCUGCACCUGCGUCGACGGGUUCUGUUCAGGUCUCCGGUACUUUGCCAUCUGGAACCAAGUGCACUGGAGGAACCGAUGGAGCGAGCUGUCUCGUCAGCUUCACAACUGCCGGUAAAUUUGGAAACUGCGUCCUUGUUUCGCAAGGUGGAGGCGCAAAGGCAAACAAUGCUGCUGGAAAUGUAGCGGGCCCAUCCACGAAAGGAAAUGACGGCAACGCAAAUAAUAAUGCAAAGGGAAAUCGACUCGUGAAAGCGCGUAAGCUCGGCGACGCUUUUAGCCAAUCGAUCGAGAAUGCUCUUGGACAGGCGGGUUCCGCUGGAACUGUCCCUGGGGUUUCGCGUUCUUUCACAGAACGUGAACUCGGCGACGCUCUGGAAAAGUCUAUCGACAAUUCUCUUGAGCAGAAGGGCGCCGCUGGAACUCGGCUAGCACGUUCAUUGGACAAUCGUGAGCUCGGCGACGCUCUUGAACAAUCAAUCGAUGAGGCCCUUGGGCAGUCACGUUCGCUGAAGGAGCGUGAACUCGGCGACGCUCUUGAGCAAUCAAUCGGUGCAGCUCUUGAGCAGAAGGGUGUCGCAGGAACUCGACUUGCUCGCUCACUCAAGCUGCGCAAGGCACUUGGCGACGCACAUGAGCAAAAGCGCUCUUGGAUUUGGGCAGCUUGAUUGAUUUUUCACUGUGGUUAUGCUCCGAUAUCCGUGUCCUUGAAAUUCCUGAUUGUGUUUGGGUAGAUUGGUUGAGUAUUUCGAUCCUGAUGCAUUAACGAGAAAAAAUGUACUAUAACUGCG